UAAAACAUAAACAUCUACUACUACUGAUCUGUUUGUUGAACUCUGUUUCUUUGUGUUUUUGACGAUGGAGAAACACAAGUGUAAGCUUUGCUUGAAAAGCUUACCAAAUGGAACGGCUUUGGGCACUCAUAUGAAGUCUAACAUGUUGAAUCUUCCAAUUCCUCCUAAACUACCACCGAGUCAACUCAGCCAAGAGUCCGAGGCAGCUUCGUAUUCAUCAUCUUCAUCAGAAGGGGAGGGGAAAGAGCAGCUUUACGGGCUUAGAGAGAAUCCAAAGAGGAGUAGUCGCUUAGUGGACCCUGGAUUUGUUGAUGCUGACUCGGCUGUUCUUCAGGCCAGAGAAAGUGAGACCGAGACGGCUAUGAACCCAACUCGGAGGCGAUCCAAACGGACUCGGAAAACGCUAGAGCAACAAGAAGAAACGAGGAAGCUCAAAGUCAAAACCAACCAACCGAGUCAAACAGAGUCGUGGGGGGAGCCCGACCCGGUGAGUUCCAUCUCCGACAACACUACCGAUGAAGAUGUCGCCUUCUGUCUCAUGAUGCUUUCAAGGGACCAAUGGAAAAGUAAAGAACAUAAGGAUGACGAUGUUGAAGAAGAAACGGAUGAAUCAGAAGGGUACUUCACGACUAGAGCCAAGUACAGAUGUGAAACAUGCAGCAGAGCUUUCAACUCGUACCAAGCACUGGGUGGACACAGAGCGAGUCACAAAAAGAUCAAUGCUUACGAAACAGAGUUGUCACCAGCAAAUAUGGGUGCUCGUCCAAUGUCGGGAAAGAAAACACAUGAAUGUCCUGUUUGUUAUAGAGUCUUCUCAUCGGGGCAAGCUCUUGGUGGACAUAAAAGAUCACAUAUUGUAACUGGUCGAGUAGCAGCAGCAGCAACCCGAACCUUUGUUGAAAGUUCCAAAAAAGUGAUAAUUAAUUUGAUAGACCUUAAUCUUCCUGCUCCGGUGGACGACGACGAUGAAGACGAUGGGGUUCUAAUACUGAAAUAGUCAACAAAUCACAACAAUGUUUGAUCCAAAGGUAAACAAUUUUGGUUGCUUUUACCUGUUUGUUUGGGUCAAACUACCCUGUUCUAACUUUUAACUGUCUCUUAUAGCCAAGUUUGAACAAUGCUUCUGGGUAUAUAGUUUGUUCAUUGAACAGUUAACUG